AUGUCAUUUCCGGAGACUCUUAAUCAAACAGACACUCCGUUUAUUUAUGGAAUGGGGUGUAUAAAGGACAAGAAUGGGGUCUUUAACAUUGACUUGCUCAAAAAUAUCGUCAAUAUCUCCGCGAUAACAAUGCAGAAAAACCGCUCGGAAACGACCAUUCUCGAAGAAAUUCAACACAUCAAGCAGCAUACAAACAUGGAUUAUGGCUACACAAUCGGGCAGUCGAAAAAGGCAACACUGACAAUAUGCACGAGCGAUUUCUGCAAUUUAAAAAGACUAGGUCCAAAAGCCCUACCAGAACUUGAACAACUUGAGCUCGCUGCAAUCAACCCGGUGGAAUAUGAAAAUCUCGGACACAAGCAAUCGUUUUUGAAAGAAAAGGAAAUUUGCUUCAAAACUUCUCACUGCUCGAAGCUGAUUUACCGCCCGAUCUACUUUUGGAAGCAACGAGUAAGGAUUUUUUCUGCAAAAAAGUCAUUUUUGUUUUUAGAAAAUGCUAGAAUGGAAAGGAAAACGAGACGCGAAGCAACCAAAUCGACCCUACUGCAAUCACACAGCUUUCUCCAUGCUCAUCAAUCAGCAAGAAAUGAGACGAAAAACCACUUGGAUUAUGUCACGCUUUUUCUCGAUGACGUCAAAUUAACACGUGACCCGCUCUCAAAUAUCAGUCAACUUGUUGCCGAAGAAAUUUUUUACAAAUCGACCGGUUGCAUCAUGAAUUUCGAUGUUGGUCAAAUCGCGGCAAAGUACCACCCUUCGCCAAAAAGCUCAGCUGACAAAAUUACUUUUCAAGUGCUCCUCUUCUUUCUUUUUCUUAUUGAACUUUGA